AUGAGGAUGAGGAUGAGGAUGAGGAUGAUGAGGAAUGCAAGUGUGAAAUGACUGAUAAUGUAGGUUCAUCUUCAGAUGACACAGAUUAUGAGUUAAAUUCAGAAGAACACCCUGGGCGAAAAUUCCUGGUUUUUGAGUCCUGCCUAAAUUUACUUCUAAAAUUCUGUUCAAAAUGCGCUGGAACCAUUUUUGAAUCCACCGAAACAACUAGUGGCAGUAUGUUUUCAGUGGAAAUGCUGUGUGUCAAUAACCAUCUGACUUGCUGGAAUUCACAGCCACUAAUAAAAAAUAUUGCAGCAGGCAAUUUACUCUCCUCCGCUGCCAUUCUGUUUAGUGGCAAUACAUUUUCUCAUAUUGCCCAGUUUGCAUCCUUUCUGAAUUUGAAGUUCUUCAGCCAUACCACAUAUUACAAUAUACAGAACAAGUAUUUGUCUCCUGUGGUAAACAAAGCCUGGAAAGAGGAAAGAAGUUCAGUAUUAGAUGAAGUUAAAAGCAAAGGGCCAGUCAAUUUGAUUAGGGAUGGAAGGUGUGAUAGUCUAGGUCACAAUGCCAAAUAUUGCACAUACACUAUGAUGACAGAUGAAGGAAAGGUGGCAGCAUUCAAUGUUGUACAGGUAACAGAGGUAACGUCGUCUAAUGCGAUGGAAAAGGAAGGGUUCGAGAGGUGCAUUCAAGACCUUGCCAGAGAAGAAGUCACCAUCAAGAGGAUUGCCACCUACCGCCAUUCUUCCAUCUCAAGUUCCAUGAAAAAGGACCAUGGUGAAAUCGACCACCGGUAUGAUGUUUGGCAUUUAUCAAAGUGGGUGUUGAAAAAUUUUCCAAGAAGGCUAAAGUGAAACGAUGUGAAGA